AUGUACGAUACAGGGCUUCCUUUCAACUGUGUUAACUAUAAAACUUUUGAUAAAUUCAUUAAGGCCGUAGGACAAUAUGGCCCAGGAAUGAAGGCUCCUAGCUAUCAUGAAGUUAGAGUAACUCAUCUUAAAAAAGAGGUGAAGAAGAUAGACAAAAUUAUUGAGGAGCAUAAAGUGGAAUGGAACAAGUUUGGAUGUUCCAUUAUGAUGGAUAAAUGGACAGCACAGAAUGGAAAAAUGAUCAUAAAUGUGUUGGUGAACUCUCAAAGAGGGGGUGUUUUUCUUGAAUCUUACGAUGCUAGCAACUUUUCUACGGAUGGAAGCAAAAUGUACAGCUUGUUUAGAAAGACUAUUGAUAAAAUUGAAAAAAAAAUGUUGUACAAGUUGUUAACCGAUAAUGCUAGUGAGAAUAUUAGUGCGGAUGAUGGAAGCUAUAUUGACUCCAAGAAAAGGAAUAGGCUUGAGCUAUCGUGUCUCAAUGAUCUAGGGUAUAUUGAAUACAAUAGAACAUUGAGGCGACGUUAUGAAGCUCGCGAUACCAUUGAUCCAAUUUUGUUGGAUAAUAUUGACGAGGCAAAUGAAUGGUUAACCGGAGCCCCCCAAAAUCAUGAAGAUGAACAAGUGUAUGUAGGAGAUGAUCUUGAUUGGGGUACUGUUUCUAUGGUGGCUGGAGUUGAGGAGAAUAUCUAUGGUCUUAGAGGGAGUUCUUCAAGUUCAUAUUACAAGGGAAAGGGAGUAGCAAGUUCAAGCCGGUCCCUAAUUGAUGAAGACUCCGAGGAUGAAGAAGAUGAUAGCCAAUAUAAUGCUAACAUUCCUGAAGUUCUAGAAUUUGAAAAUCUUGAAGACGAAUAG